ACUUUCUAUAACCACAUAACAGUUUUGUAACCAGCACGUUAUCGAACGCACGUAUGCCGGCUGUUUGAAAGUAAGCCUUUAACAAAUAAAAAGUUUUGGAUUGACGCGGGGAAAUUAGCUGUCAGACAAUGCAAAAGUGUUGGAAUUUCUUUUUUCUUACGAUGAUAGCUGUUCUUUCACUGCUGCUGACAGUGGAGGCCACAGUACCACAACCGCGUGCUCCGAACUUCCAAUAUUUUGAGAGACCAAAAUACCGUUUCCCUUACUACGAUGAAAAUGGUAAAGGCAAGUUACUGUACGGCUACGGAGGGCCUGAGUUGUACCAAUACAAAUCCUAUUCUCCUCUGGAAGGAAUUCAUUAGAAUUAAUAUUAAGUAUUAAUUAGAACCUUAUUUUAAUAAUAAAUGUUUUUUUAGUGUGGUUAUUAUUAUUUUGUGUGUAUAGGUGUCGCUGUUAUCACAAAUAAGUGUAAUAUUUUUAUACACUAAAUAAAUAGGAUAAAAUACUUUA